CAGCGGAGUUACCCAUGAUGGCGGCCUAAAUCUUCGACCAUGGCGAUCUUGCCAACUCACCAUAGCAGAUUUCAGCCAAUUCCCGUCCAUAGAUCCGGUCUUAGACUCAGAGAAAAGUAUGUUUUGUUGUUAAUUUUUAUAGCUUUUCUUCUUUUAUGCUUUGGAGCAUUCUUCUUCGUCCCAGACUUGAGAGACCGGACUUACCUGGAGAACGCUUACAAAAAAUUCGUAGGUGCCGGUGGCGAUAUUUUGCCCAUUAGACCUCCUAAAACACCCAUUGUGAAGCAUGUCGAAGGUAAAUAUCUGAUAUUUUUGUCAACUUAAAGACUUUUUGACUUGAUUUAAGUAAACCUAAGGCGCUAUUUUGCAGCCUUUGUCGCUAAUCUUUAAUGUGUUUUCGUUUCCACUCAAGAAGCCACCUCGCUGCCUAACAAGAGAGAAGCCGACGAUCUAGGAGCUGAAAAUCAGAAUGUUGAAGUUAAUGUACCUCAGAAAACUCCGACAAAACUGUCCUUAAACCAUAAGGAAUUAAUGGAAAAAAUAAGAAAGGACAAAGAGAAGUUUAGAGAAGAGAAGAAAUCUCAAAAGGAAGCUGAAAAGCGCGCUAAAAUUGAGAAAUUAGUGAACAAUUCUAAGGUGGACGAGACCGGAGCAAAGGGAAUCACCGGGGGAGAACCUUCAGAUGAGAUAGCUAAGACACGAAGAAAUUUUAUAAAAAAGGUACGUUGAUUGUUUAAUGCCAUAAGUACGUGGACAAGUUUAGUGCUUUGUAUAUGUAGUUACGCGUUUUCAGUAUUCAUAAUUAUUAGUCGGUACUGUUUGUAUUAAAUUAAUGUUGACAGUCGAAGAAAAACUGCAACCUGUAACCCAACUCAACGUAAGAGCGAUCAGCCUUAAUUUUAAUCACCAAUUCACUCUUAAAAGUUUAAGAGAUUAUUUACUUUCCAGUCAUCCUUUACAGGUCGAGAAAGAUGUAUCGUUCCAGAAUAUUCAAGUUUUAUUAAACAGUGUUAGUUUGUUUGUGACGUACACGCACGUUUCAGGUUGUCAUUGGUUGCAUUGAAUUUAAUCUUACAUGGUUAAAAUAAGCUACGAUUUUACUUGAGAAGUCUGUACUUAUUAAAUGUGGGUUAAGUACUGAUACUGCCUCAGUCACUAUUCUUCUGAAUAUAAGUUUUGCAAUAAUUAAUUUUGUUGCAUGCUCAGCUUUGAUAUUUAGAAUACUUUGAUGUCACUGCUGAACAAAUUUCAUUGUUGACUCACCUGGUAUAUAUCAUUAAACCAGAUGUAACCUUGGUUUAGUUAGUUUGCGGACUUUUCAAAAAGAAAAGAGCCACAGUGCUUUUAAGCUUUUGCUGAUUGAUUCGAAUGUCUUGUGUGAGACUAACAACAUCAAUCACAACUUUUUUUAAACAAUGGUGGAUGAGGUUUUUGUGAUAUUCAGAAUAAUCAAGGCUGAGGUAGGUGUUAUCAGCUGAGCCAAGUAUAGUUUAAAAGGACAAUUGAUAAUUUGGUCAUGUGAUGGAUUAUUCAUGUUUGCUGUUUGCUCUAAAAAAGGUUCUAAAAUUCUUUAAGUUGUAGAAUUGAAAGGCUUACCUGCCUUGACUUAGUGUAAAUGGUCUUAACUACAUUAGCCUGUGCUGCAAAGGAAAGUCCGUCUAUGAAACAGGGCUGAAAUCCUUGUUCCGGGUCCCCACUUGUGCACCAGGGCCGGGUUGUUCAAAGCUGGGUUAAGAUAACCCAGGGUUAGUGGAAAAUUUGAAUUCAAAUAUGAAAGCUUAUAAAGUAAAUUCAGUUUAAUUCUUUUUGUCUACAAGUUGAUGAUUCAAUGCUCUAUGAAUAUCAGAGAAAACUGUCCCAGGAAAUGCUUUUGAACAAAAGAAAAAGAAUCCCGGGUUAAAUUUAACCCUGGGUUAAGUGCUAAUCGGCCAUCAAACAACUGGGCCCAGGAUUUGAGUAGGCGCCAAAAAGUCAGAUAUAAAAAAAUCAUUGUCGAUUUUUCAAUCAAGAUCAAAGGAAUUCAAAAAACACUUCUGGUGAUUCGUUGAGUCCUUUGGAGGUCCAGAACAAGACUCAUGAUGCUGCUUCGCAGAUGUUUCUAACCAAGGUUAAAUUACAUCUGUGAGGCAUGCUAUAAGUACAUUUGCAGUAAAUUAAUUUGCUUAACAGUAAAUCCAAAGAACCUAUGGAGAACAUACAACUGGCUUUUUGUUAUUAAAAUGUCUUACUAGAUGAUGGAACAUGCCUGGACAGGAUAUGUAAAUCACGCAUGGGGUGCCAAUGAGUUACGGCCAAUAAGCAAGUCGGGGCAUUCAGCAUCAAUAUUUGGAGCUUCUUCAAUGGGUGCUACAAUAGUUGACGCAUUGGACACUUUAUACAUUAUGGGAAUGAAAGAUGAGUUUGAGCGUGCAAGGAAGUGGGUGGCAGUAUCACUUCACUUUAAUCAUGUGAGUACAGAAGAAUCUUACUGUACAAAUUACUCUAUUGCUUGGGCAAUUCAAUUUCAAGUACAGUACAUGUAUGUUUGUUUGUUUGUUUUCAACUUGGCCACAUGGUGGACUUAGUGAUGAUGGUGUUUUUUAAAUGUCAAUCUGGAAGUCUAGGAUUCCAGUUCCUACUUUUGCAAGAAAAGGUUUUUGUCCCUGCUCUUAGCAGCCAUGUAUUUUCCCCUUUAACCUUAUUAAACCGCAAAUCAAUCUCUGAAAGGCUUAUUAAUUUUCGAACUUUCUAUUCUAGAGGUGCUUGUUGUUUAAUCGCGGAAGCACAAUCUUCUUUUUUCAUACCAAAAAGAGGCAAUUAUUCCAGGGACAGCGGUUAAUUGAAGUGAUUGCUUUAUUGUGUUUACUUGCACACCAGAAGACAUACCCUUAAUAUUUUGUCUCAUCAUCCCAUCUUAACAUACAUGUAUGUGUAAGAUAAUCACCGCAACUGAACAUGGGUUUUCUUAGUGUUCCUAAUUAAGAAUUGGUUUCCUUGACUAAAUUUUAAGGCACUUGAAUCAGCAACUUAUACGCGAAAACCUCAUCCAAUUAUUAAUUUUUUUCAUUGCCAUUUCUCUAAACAGGCUUCAGACGUGUCCGUGUUUGAAACCACAAUACGAUUUCUUGGUGGACUUUUGUCUGCCUAUGCUUUCAGUGGAGAAGAGGUAUGAGCAACAAUGUUGUUUCCUUGCUUUUGACUAUGUAAAAGCUUUAUACAGUAUAGUUUUAAUAGUUAGAUAUACAUGUAUGUGUAUUAUUGGUUGAUAUCAAUCCUCUAAAGUGCGCAAACUAAGUAGACGGCAGUGGAAACUGCAUUACAAACUGUGGGCAAUAGAUCAGGAGCUCCCUUUGUACAUUUUACGGAGGCUCCUACUUGGUUUGCAUUUCCAUUCACUUCUUGCUUUCUGGCCUGUCAGGAAAGUCAUUAAGACAGAAUCCAUUAGGAAAUUGUACCAGAAUAUUUAAACCAUAUCGUAUUCUUUUUUACAUUUUUCAAGGGCUAUAGAUGUAAUUAGUUACCGUAUUUAUUCAAAUAAGCGCCCAACCUCGAAUUAGCGCCCACCUCGAAUAAGCGCCCAUCCUAAAGGCAGAAAAAGUUAAUAAGCGCCCAGCCUCGAAUAAGCGCCCACCCCACCACACCUUCCUCCCACUCUCACUCAAACUCAAAUUAGCGACCACCCCUAAAAUUGAAUAAGUACUAAUAAGAGACUGCCCCAAGGACGGAGUUUUCUUCAAAGUAUUUUACAGGAACUUUACUUUGUUACAUCUUGGCGUUUUGUUAUUACCAUUUAUUGUUUUGUUGCAAAAUACACAUACUACACCUGCUGAAAAUGUUGAAAAUUUAAUAAGCGCCCACCCUCGAAUAAACGCCCACCUCGAAUAAGCGCCCACUCUCAAGGUGCAAAAAUUGAAUAAGCGCCGAGGGCGGUUAAUCGAAUAAAUACGGUAUCUGUAUUAAGACCAAGAUUUCUUAUGAGAGCCUGAUAAAUUUCACAAAAUGACACCUUAUACAUGAAAGUGUCAGAAUUUUACCUGUGUUUUCACAAUUCUGGUGACAUUUGACAUUUAUUUUCCCGGGCUCCCAUGAGAAAUAGUCUUUGAUGUCAUUACAGAUAACUAAUUAUAUCUAUGGCCCUUGAAAAAUGUUACAAAGAAUGCGAUACUGUUUAAAUUAUUCUGGUACAAGAUUUUUGUCCACUGAAAAUUGAAAUUACUCAAUUUCCUAAUGGAUUCCGUCUUAAUUCUUGCUGUUAGUAUAAUUAUCAACCUCUCUCCCUCUCCCCUCUCUGGUAUGUGUCAAAUUUUGGUUAGUAUCCCCUUGACUGGUUCAUUGUGAUGGUCUGCCAUGGAUAUGUUACAGGUCAAAAUUGUAUUCAGGUUGAUGUUUUUUAACCCAGGUUGAUUCUCAGUUUCCUUUGUCUCCUAUCCCUAAUUCAUGAAUAAUUAGGGUUAGCUAAUUGGAGACAAAGGAAACUGGGAAUCAACCUUGGUUUAAAAAUUUUAACCUAAAUUUAAUUUUGACCUGUAACAGAUACAGUGUACCUCCUCCAUGCCCGACAGCUGCCUGGAUGGCUCUACCAAUCUUUCGGGCACCAGCUCCCAGGCUCAUCUAUUGUUGAUUUAAGCCUAUGUGAUAAAACACUCAGAAAAAAGCCCAGGGGUUUUAUAUGUGGGGUUCUAUCAGUGAUAACUUGCAGUAACCUGUACAAGUUUAUAUUUGGCUAGUUUUAUAUCAUAAUUAAUAUCAUAAUAUGUUAUUUACACUGAACUUGUUUUACAGGUUUUCAAAGUGAAAGCUAAAGAAGUUGGCGACAAACUCCUGGCUGCAUUUAACACACCGACAGGAAUACCAUGGGCAAUGGUUAAUUUUGCCAGGUUUGUAUUUUAAGUACAGGGGAACCCUAUUAAUAUGGACACCAAAGGAACAUGCCAUAGUGUCCAUUUAUUAUCCGGGUGUUCCUAUUAAGCUGGCUCACUUAAAAAGUGUCCCAGACUCAUGCUGUAUUGACAUUGAGACUUAAAAAGACAUAGAAGAGGUGUAGGUCGAAUGACAGCAGCAAAAAGCCAACAAAGUGAAAGUUGUGUAGUAGAAGACAAAAAAUGUUUGAUGAGGCUACAGUACAAGGGUCAAACACAGGGUCAAACAAUGUUGAACUACAGCUGUAUUUUGUUACUGUAUUAUUAAACUCUUUGAAAUCUGUCAUUAUUGGAACAUGGUACAUUGUCUACAAUAAUAAUUGUAGACACAUAACUGUGACAAGGAAAAGAGACAGUGUGUAGAUAACCAGUGUCUGUGAAGCAGAGUGGACAAUUUGAGGGUUUGCACCUCGGGACACAGAAAAGUGGCUGUGUCCGUUCUCUGUAUUAACCAGUGUCCAUAAUACUAAUUAGGGGGUUAAUAUGAGAAAAAAUACAUAUGUUUAGGUAAUGUUUGAGCUUUUCAUCAGGACAACUGAAGCUGUAUGUCCAUUGUAAUGCCGGUGUCCAUAUUAAUUUGGUUUCCAUAGGGGGGAGUUUCACUGUAGAAUAAUUCAUAAGACAGGGGCACCUUUCAUCAUCCUAAGACAACUUUACACUUUAAAAAUCUAUUAGCGAUAAAAAAUCACGACGUUUCGACCUCUCCGAGGUCAUUUUCAAGUGUUGAAGAACACAAAGGAUCGGCAAUCGGAAACCACCUCAGAGAGCAGCAUGAUAUGGAGCCUGAAGACAUCGCACAAAGUUUUAGAAUCUUAAGAAAGUGUCAGAACAAAUUUGACUGCCUUAUUUUUGAAAUGUUUUUUAUCCGAGAACUGAAACCAAUGCUUAACAAACAGUGCGAUUCAAUUCGCGCCAAAUUAUUUGUUUAGAGUAGUUCUUGUUAACAUUGUUUUAUUUCCGUUGUUUUUUGACUUUAUAAAUAUUUUUAGCACUUUUUACAUUUUUACAUAUUUUAUCACAUUUUAGCGUUCACCACAUUUUUAUCUAUCAUAACUUGUUUUUAACUUAUUUAUGCUAAUUUAGAGAACUUUUAUACACUUGAAAAUGACCUUGGAGAGGUUGAAACGUCGUGAUUUUUUAUCGCUAAUAUUUAUCUCAAAAUCGAUUUCUAAGAAGCUACUUAUUAAAAUAUAUUAGGUUUUUCUUAUUGUUUUCCCAAACAUCUUAGUAGAUGCUCUUUAAAGGUUAAGGGAAACAAAGAUUUUCUGAAAUCAUUUGUAUACUAUUUUUCACACCCAAAAUCUUAGGGGUUCUACAGUAUGUAUUAAUUUUUAACUCGUUGGUACGCAUGAGCGUACCAUGAGUUAUUGCAGGGACAGGGAUAUGCAAAUGAGUCCCUCGCUCACUCGUAGUAGACGCACUUCUUAAUUAAUCCGGUCUGAACUCGAGAGCGCGAAGAUCUAUCAUUUCCAAAGAAGCACGUGCUCGCCGAAGUUCGAUGGCAUCAAAUGCGUUCAUCGUGCGCUACAGCACGGUUAGAGGAUAGAGGUCUUACCAAAUUUAAGACACGCAGGAAUCUUUCAGAUUAGUACGAUUCAAGAACCUUUGACUCGUCCAGGCGUUAAACUUGACGAGAAGAUGAGCAUUUGCUCUUCGACUCCUUCAACUUCGACGCUGGCUUGAUCUCCUACUUUGUAGUAAUGUAGUAGGUUAUGUGUAUGAAUGAAUGUAUGGUAAAUAAAGGCACUUCUUCUUCUUCUUCUUAAGUACUCCCCAAGGUCACGGGGGGAAAUGGAUGUGAUUUUGAGCAUUAGCUUUAAAAUGACAGCGGAAAUCGAGAUAAGAAAACAUAAGCUUAUGUUUUGCAUCCUACUUCGCGAGGAGUUGUGUCGGGUUUGUAUCGCCUAUGUUCUUUCAUUGCCAUGAAAUGUGUUUACAUUGUUUUUUACUGUCGGUAGUGAGGUUUCAAUUAGCCUUAAUUUCAUCCGAUUGCUUCGAGUCGUUUUUUCGUUUUUUAUGGCUCGAUCAUUUGCCGGCGGAAGUUCCAUGGAAAAUGCAUUAAAUUUGAGACUUUUCACAAAAUCAUGUGAUCAUCCUCAAUGGCGUAGUGGCUAUGUGAGGUCUGGUUAACUCGGAGGCACCUGGUUCAAAUUCUGCUAACGACCUUCCUUUUCCCUUCUUCCUUUUUUUUCUUUUUUGUUUUGUUUUGUUUGCUUAUUUGUUUUGCUAUUAAUUUGUUUUGUUUUUGUUUUUGUUUUUAAAUAUAUACCAAAAUAACUGUUAAUAAAGUGCAAUAAACAGCAAGAAAGGUAUUGUGUUUCCAGAACAAGGAUAGUAUAUUUAUAAUCUGAAUUUCUAUCAUUCCCUAAAAUUUACUGUGGGAAAACCAGAGGUGAUAACUAAUUGAUUAUUUUCUAAACAACGUACCCACGAGUUGACGAUAGUCUUUCUUUGAUUCUUUAGUUGCUCAAGUUACAGUACAACACAGAUGUUGUUGUUGUUGUCCUUGUUGUUGUUAUAAAUUCACAUAAAACGUAUUUAUUACCAUUUGCUGCAUUUAAUGAGCAAACUUUACAACAGUAGACCUGUUCUGUUUUUCUCAACUGUAAUGUCAUUUCAAAACAAACAUCUCAAAAUAAAAAUUACUAGUAAACAGCAGUUCAAAUUGAUUUGUAACAUUCAAUCUUUUAUCUGCAGUGGCAGUGGACAUAACUGGGGCUGGGCAUCUGGUGGUUGUUCCAUUCUCGCUGAAUUUGGCACAUUGCACUUGGAGUUUGUGUAUUUAUCAAAGAUCACAGGAGAUCCAAUUUACGCAAAAAAGGUGAGAUUUUUGUCCUUAACCAGGAUGUUCAUUAGGCAUCUGAGAUCAGAGAAUUCUCCAUUUUUACUACGCAGAAUUCUGCGACUAAUGUUUCGUACUGUAUCUUAUGACUAUUUCUUUAUUCAGACAUGGAACCUCUUUCAAAACAUUCUCCCGUUAAGUUACACCUUUCUCCUGCUACUAGUGACCCUGCUUAACACACAAUUAUUAGGGCAGAUGUUAGGCUUGUGUUAAUACAAGAAAGAUCCAGUCAUUUAUGAGAUGUUUCAUGGUAUAACCAGGGUUGUCAUUAAGAGCCGGGGGCCGGAGAUUUUCCCCGGCUACUAAGAGAGUGGCCCCCGGCUACUUUUAUUGGAAAAUAGAACAAAAAUAGAACCAAAAGAAAUCCCUAGCCGUUUGAUUCCCCGCCUACUUGUUGUAUUUACCCGGCAACUUGAAAUCUUAGUGACAACCCUGUAUAACACACAAAAGCAUUGCAUGUACAGAUCCAUCAAGUAUGAAGAGUUGAGUGGAGUUUUCAUUCUUGACUGGUGUUUUUAUUAGGUAUUCAGGGUCCGUGAAGUUCUAGAUCAGAUUGACAAACCUAAUGGAUUGUACCCCAACUAUUUAAACCCAAGGAGUGGAGUCUGGGGUUCACGUAAGUUGAUUUUUACUAUUUAUUGAGAACUUGAAAUGGAUCUGACAGUCUAAGAAAAGUUACAAUGUACACUGUAGUUCAAAAUGACUUUCUCUCAGUAUACACUCAAAUCUGCUGCCUGUCAACAGGGACACUUUUUAAUACAGGGUAUUUCAAAAGUUUGGUCCGAUUGUAAAUUCUAUUUUGCGCAAAGCAUUUAAUGCUUCCUUAGGCAAAUGUAAACUAAUUCAGGUAGUAAAUUUGUCUAAAUAACUGUUCAAAGCAAUUUCAAACUAAAAUUUGAAGAAAUUAUGAAAUUUUUAAAAUUUUUUUCCCAAAUGAGCACGUACGCGAAUUUUUUCCCGCCAUAUUUUUUUUGCCCAUUUUUUGUGAGAAAAUUUGCAUAUGUCUCGUAUUAGCGGAAUUAUUGCAUUUCAAACUAAAAAGUCGAAUCUCGAGCGCGAUUUACGCAAAGAAACUGACAUAAAAAUGAGUUACAAAGGGAAAUAGGAAAAUUCCUCACACCCUUUUUUAGGCCUUUUAUCUGUCAAUCAGAUGCAAUAAAAAGGAAGUGAAUAUUAAUUUUAACAACGCGAAAGGGCUGGAGCUUCAGCAGUAAACUUGAUACCUCUGAGUUCGAGAGCAAACAACUUAAGUGCCUUUUGAAAUUCGAUGAAAUAUAAUCUUUUAUAAGGUAAUUUAGUCUUUUAGCUUUAAUUUGAUAUAUAACUUGCCUUUGUAGCAAAAAUACUCGGGCGACUAGAAUUUUUUUCUGUGGGCACCUCAUUUUCCUUUACCGAGACCUUAAAGGGAGACACAUGAGGGGAUAGGGAGGGCCUGCCCAAGAGGCCCAUGAAAUCAUGCUAUUGGUUGAGAGACAGCUCCUGGGGAAAUAAGUGUUCUCUUUUUGCCAAAAAACUGUCAUUCAAAGAAAAUAAAAUUGUUUGGAAACAUGUCAUACAAAAUUAAUGGUGAUGGUCUAGUACAUGUAAUCACUACACUUACAGGCAUAAAGUUCUGUACUGGCAUAUUGAAGAUCAGAUCUUGGAGGACACUUCAAUGGGAUGCUGGUUUUUGUUUUUUCAAAAUUAGACAUGAAUCUAAACUGUGUAUGUAUCAGUGAUUGUUUUUGCAAUGUGCUGACUACUGCAGUACUGUUUAAUAGUGUGUAUCCCAAGUUCUGGGAACCAUCUACUUAUGCUUUUAAUGGUGUCACCCUGCAGCAAUGGAUUGUAAGUAAUGGAUUGUAAUCAAGCUCUUGCUUUCUUAACAGAACAUGUCUCUUUGGGUGCUCUUGGGGAUAGUUUUUAUGAGUACUUGAUCAAAUCCUGGGUAAUGAGUGGAGAAACAGAUAAUGUGGCCAGGAGGAUGUAUGAUAAAGCAGUGGAGGUUUGUAUUAACAAGCUCUAGUUACCAAAGUAAAGAGGUCCAUUAUUAAUGUGCAGAGUGUUCUUACUAAAAGAAUGAUAAAUUAUGCAAAAUUUAAAGGCAAAGAGAAUGACACUUAACUCUUGUAGGAAAGAGAAAAUCUAUAACAUUUACUUUAGUCUAAUUUCAUUUAAUUUUUUAAAUAAAAUAAUUGUAAGCUUGACUUACAGCUGUAGCAGAUAAAGAUGUCAAGCUAGUCAGAGAUAUGUCAAAAGGAAAGAUACAAUGAUGUUAGUAGACCCAACUGAUAAAAUAAAUUAAAAUCAUUGUCACACUGUUGUCUUCUUAGUCUUAAGUUCUGAUUAUGGAACGACAUACACAGAAUUAUGCGGUAUUAAUUAUUGUAAGAAAAUACAUUUAUUUUAUUACAAUGAAUCAUUACUAGCAGUUACUAGCUGUUAAUAAUAAUUGUGGAUUGUCCUUAAAGGCUAUAGAAAGAAUGCUGGUCAGAAAAUCUUCAGCAUCCAAUCUUACGUACAUCGCAGAGUACAAAUAUGGAAGGUUGGAGCACAAAAUGGACCACUUGGUAAGCUGAUGUUUUGAUUAUAAAUUUGUGCCACUGUCUAGAAACUGAGAAAGAAAACUGUAGUGUUACUCCUUUUGGUUUUAUCAAUUAAAAAACAUUAAUAAUAAUUAUUAUCAAACUAAUGUUAACCCUUUCAGUGUACUACCAGCAGCCAAUGAAAAAAUUCACAUAAAGUCUACAUAUCUUCGAUAAGUCCAGCGGAAAAGAAUUAUUAAUAGUACAGUGCAAAAGUUGUACCAAAGAAAUCUCUUUUCAACUGUAACACAGUAAGAUCUUGGUCCACAGAUCUAGAAGUUAGAAUGAUAAAUAAUAACACCAUGACAUUGUUUGAUAGGAGUUACAGCAAAGAGCCUAAAAGUAUGAUGGCUUUUGAUGUAUUCCCAUUCUUUCAUACAAAUUUAAUCCAAUCAGAAGCCAGCUGGAAACUGCCCUCGACCUCUGAUUGGUUAAUGUCUGCAUGACAGAAUGUGAGGUUACACUUUCGGGUUCCUUGCUGUAAAGGGUUUUCUAUGGUCAUCAAUGUUGAUUAAAGUUGUAAACAAUAAUAUAUGGCAGCGUGAAAGUUCACGUGGACCAUCUACAGCAGUACACGCCAGAUGCACUUGUUUCUAAGGUUGACCAAACUAUCAGGGUCCAUUUCCCCUACUUUUUAAGAAUAGCAGUUUGAGUUCUGUUACGUCACUCAGAUAAUAAUAAUAAUAAUAAUAAAUGCUAUUUAGCCAGGGUUAUCUCUUCAGCAUAAAAUGCUGCUAUCAAUGAGGGCCCUGGAAAAUAAAUAAAUAAAUAAAUAAAUAAAUAAAAUAAAAAAAUAUCUAUAUAAAAUUAGCCUAAAUUACAGUAACUAAAAAUACACUAAAAGUUAAAAAUACAACAAGAUUAAAAAAGUGUUUAAAAAAGCUGAAAUAUAGCAAUUAAAAUGCAUUUAAAAGCUAAACUAAUACAAAAAUGGAAAAGUGAAAGUGCUCUGAGAUGGUGCUUUUGGUUUUAUUAUCCUCAUCUGGGAAAGACAAGUCAAGAACCAUUGCAGAGGUCAAAACAAAUUUUAAAGGCAACGCAGUGUCAUCAGUUAUUUUUAGUUCCUGGGUGUUACCAUAAACUGCCGCUUUUAAGCCCUCUGCCACCUAUAAAUCCCCCAAGUUAAAGGCCUAUCUACCUGUAAGCAAAAAAUACGUCUGAUUAUAAGCCUGUGUACAGAACCCCCCUCCCCUCAGGAAAAAUUGGAGAAUGGGCUUAAAGGGCCUCUUCUCCGAUUUUUGCUGAGGGGAGGGGGGUCUUUACACAGGCUACCGAUUAUAAGCCCCCCUGGAUAUGAGCUCCCUCUAAAUGUAUUGAAACUUGUUUUAUUAUGAGGUUUUGCCACUCAGUAAAUAAAAAAUGUAUUAAUUUUUUUAUUAGCCUUGCUAAUAGCACUGUUCCAGUUAUACAGUAGGCCCCCUCAGAUAUUAGCCCUUCUGUUUAUGAAUCCUCCCAUAAAACCCCUUACAAAGAUACAGUAUAAGCCCAAGGCUUAUUAUAUAAGUGGCAGUUUACAGUAUGUUAACACGUGUGCUUAUAAAUGCUUAUUGUAUACAUGUAUAUGCUUUUACUUUCAGGCCUGUUUCACUGCUGGGAUGUUUGCUCUUGGAUCAAAAGGUUCUAAAAAUGAGAAGCAUUUUGUCAACCUUGGAGCAGAGAUUGCCAACACCUGCCACGAGUCUUACCGAAGGACAAGUAAUCAAAUUAAUAUUGAGAAACAAACAAUAGUGUGUCAUUCAGAUAAGAGGCAACUACAUAAAACUCUUACAGAUUGUUUAGUGCAAUCAUGACUUGUAGAGCCUGAAAACAUUACAGCCACAUUAUAAAGUUAUACCUCAAACCCCUAGAUGUAGGGGUUGAAAGGAGUAUUAAAAUAAGUAUAAGGGCUGGCAAGAGUUGUUGCACCAAUGAUCAGUUUGCAUUUUUUUUUCAGUUUGCUUCUUAGUUUCUCUGUAAGGAUAUUAUUAUUUCACUGUUAUUCAAAGAUCACCCCAAGUUAUUCUUUGUUAUUUUCCUAUUAUUACAGCAACUGGAAUUGGCCCAGAGGCAUUUAGAUUUGAAGGACCUCAUGAAGCAGUAGGCCUGCGUAGUAAUGAAAGGUACUACAUUCUUCGACCUGAAGUUAUUGAGGCAUAUUUCUACAUGUGGCGCUAUACGCAUGAGCCCAAAUAUCGGGAAUGGGCCUGGGAAGCAGCACAGGUUAGUAGAAUGAAGGAUGUUGCAGAAGAUAGGAAGAUCAAGAUUAUAAAAAAUAAUAUAAAAAAGAAAAUAAAAAAAAACGCUUUGCUAGUGCUUGCUUCUGGCUAGUUUAUGGGCUUUCUACUCGAAGAAUUUUACCAUACAGAAUAAUAAUACAAAAGACAAUAAGAAACCCAACUAGAAAGAAGCAUUUAGCAUUGGCUAUUUAGGGACAGUCUAUUAGAAAACUUAGUUGGGGGGGAGGGGUGGGUGGGGGCGUGACGUACAAAACAAUUUGGGCAAGGGACAAUUAAAGGAAAAAAAUUCAUGCACACUACGUUAUCUUUAAAAGUAUUUAUGCCCCAGCCUAAAAAAAGUUCAUACAAGGGAAAAUAAUGUUAACGAAAAAUUCAUUAGACUUGAAAAUUCCCCGCCCCUCUUCUAUAACUUCCCCUUCCGAGCAGUGGGUGAGUGGUUUAGUCUAAGUUAUUACCAAUAGCACAGGCUAGUCGUGGCCAUUGAUGGUCAUAAUUAGCUAGGCAGUAGGCAAUAAACAACAUUAAAAUUACUCAAAUAAAACUGAACUUUCAAGAAAUAUUGUACUACUUUAGGAAAGGACCAAGCAGGGUUUUUGAUGUUUGAUGACUUUUUUUUUCAGAACAUUGAAAAGUUUUGCCGGGUGGAGGCAGGAUACUGUGGAAUACGUGAUGUUUCUCAGGUUCCUGUGUCACAUGAUGAUGUCCAACAAAGUUUCUUCCUAGCAGAAACUUUAAAAUACUUGUAUUUGAUAUUCUCUGAUGACACUCUUAUUCCUUUAGAUCACUGGGUCUUCAACACUGAAGCUCACCCAUUACCAGUAAUUGGCAAAAUGCAGCCAGUUCAGUCAAGAUAGUUAGGACAUCUUUUAAAAUUAAGUUCAAGUCAGUUUGGACAUUUCCAAGUGCACGACUAGAACAAUAAUAAUUAUAAUAUUAGGUGUAGUAGACUUAUACCCAGGGGUUGAUUCCUUUGGCAUUUUGAAAAUCCAAAGAUGUUACAGAUGAAACUGACAAGGGCAAUUCCUUUUCUCUGUUUUUGUAUCCAUGGAAUUUUUUUGGAGUUAAUUGUCACUCUGGGAAGAUCGGCUACAUGUACAAAUAACACUGCUUCCCUGCCCACAGGGGCUGGGCUGUCACUAAGCUUUCAUGAUGCUGGGUUUAUGCAAUUAUUAGGUGAGGAAAUGAACAGCUAGGAAGUUCUAUUGGUUCUAUUUUCGUUUUGGUGUCAUAUUAAAGUAUCCAGGGGUCAUGUUCAUCAUACAUGUAGCAGGGGCAAAUCCCCAAUCCGCGGCCAUAAGUGACAGCCAUGCUGUAUGCAGGGUCCGAAAUUAGAUUGUUAAUACGGGCGCCAACUGGCGAUCAAGUAUAAAUUUUUGGUCGCCAGAGGGCAAAUUGUGGUCACCAAAAAAUUCCCCCUCCCUUUUUUUCCAAUAAUAGUUUAAACGCGAAUAAAAAAUGCAUGGUAUGGACGUUUUUAUGCUCGAAAAUUGCACUUCUUCCACUCCCGAUAUCAGAAAGCAACCGUACGUGUACGAGAGAAGUCUUUUUUUUCCCGCAAAUUACUUUUUGGAGAUAUAAAGCUGUCUGACUUAGAACGUAGGAACAGAAAGCUGUCUGCCCAUGACUGCACUGAUCACUCGUACCUGUACAGAAAGUACAUAACGUACUUACCGAACAACAUGGCGGCUUGGAAACGUUCAACUCGUAUUGAUCGUAGCUGUUGUGGAGGUAUUAUUACAGGAAGAUUCGUUUCACUUUUAAUUAAAAAAUAUCAGCAGGACAAAAAGUAAGACACCUGUUGGCAAAUAGCUGCGAGGUUUCAAUUCUUGAUCAAUUUCUCCGAACGUUAAAGUCCACAAUAACAACCAGCUUUACAAGUUGCUAGCUGGUGACCAGCUAUGAAAUUCUGGUUGCUAGGACUAAAUUUUUAGUCGCAUUGGUGACCAGGAAGGCACAAUUUCGGACCCUGGUAUGGGCAUUAUUGUACCCAAAGUUAAUAAAUAUGGCUAGUGUAACCACAGGUAUUUCAGUCUUAUUAAUAUUGUACUUAAAUAGAGGAUAUUACAUGGCCGCUCGGAGAUACGAAAUUUCUCUUCGAGUGUUGAAAAAUAUUUCACUUGUUCGCUGCGCUCACUCGUGAAAUAUUUUUCAACACUCGAAGAGAAAUUUGGUAUCUGCAAGUGGCCAUGUAAAGCUCACCUGGUAUUUCACUGGUGUUUAUAUAAUAAUAUAAGCUUAAAGCUAAAAACAUAACAGCCUUUUUAGACAAUAAUUAUGUAAUAAUAAUUAUUACCUAUUGUCUAAAGGCUGUUAUUAUUAUAUUGUCUAAAAAGGCUCUGUGGUUCCUGUUUUUUAUACCUUAUGGCUACUACUAUACAACCAAAACACUACCACAAUAUUUUGUGAUAUUCAAUCAAGAAACUUACUUCCAAAUGUCAAAAUUAACUAAGGUACUUUUAACAUUAAUUAGAUGCACACAUGAAUUAAUUACUGUAAAAUACUUUCAUAUAAAAUUAUGAUAAGUUUGAUCUUAAGUGUCAAGCUCUGUAGUAUUGUUACAAUUCUAGCCUAAAUAAAUACUAUAAUUUGUUUAUAUCUGCCAAUUUUCAAUGUAGAUUUUUUGUGAUUGCACAUAGUAGUUGUAAGAAAAACAAACAACCCAAAUUAAUUUUCAUAGAAAGGAUAAAAUUAAUAAUUGUGUAUCAAAUCUAAUUUCUCAGAGUUGAUUAUUUUAAAAAAAAUUGUGUACUCAGUGGGCCUUCCCUUGGCAGGUCUUCUAAAAAGUUUCAAUAACACGUUUUCUGGCAAGACAUUGCAAAGUGUCUCAUUGUAAUGGAUUAAUUGAAGUUUUCAGAUUGAGAAAUUUUAGACCAAAGAUUAACAGCUUCCAAGUUGGUAAAUGCUGGAAUGAUAAUGGUGGAUGAUGUAUGUCUGGCUUUUCGAUAAUUGAAGAUACUCUAUAUCCACAUUUACUCUUCCUUUUCAAAGUGCUUUUCCUUGUUUUGUCUUCAUGAAUGCUACUUUGAAAUUCCCAAAAAUGCUAUUGAAGAUUCUGAUUCACAUUGUUCAACAUGACAAAGCUUUCUUUCUACUACCAUUAUUAUACUGUUCAGGGUGUUCAUUGGGCAUUGGAGAUUGGAGAAUUCUCUGUUUACUUAGCAGAAUUCUCCGGCUAAUGUUCUUUAGUCUAUGACUAGUUUUAAUUCAGACACAGAGCCCCUUUCAAAAUAUUCUCCGAUAACCUGAAACCCUUCUCUCAUUACUAGAAUUCUUAAUGAAAACCCUGACUGCUUCUUACAUCAACACACAAAUACAUAGUUUCAUUCCAGGUUGAUCCAUAAUUAUUAUUUAUUUAAGGAUUAUUUUGCACAGUUGAUAGUUUGCUCAUUUCGGAAAUUUGAGCAAAUGUCAACUUGAAUCUGAUUUUUGUUAUGUUUGCCUAAUAUUUCUGUUUAUAAUUAUGUAACCUGACUAAUGGAGCUCUUUAGCAUGUUUGUUGGUUAUCCCAUUUCACCCCUCAUGAUGUUUCUUUAGAGAAAUGUUUUCUUCCAAUUUCUUCCUGUCCACAUACACAAGUUUGCAUAAUGUAUGUAAAGACAAUGUACAAAAUGCCCUUAGUUAUGAACAUGGGAAAAAACAAACAAGCUAAACAAAGGGGCUGACCAUUUAACUUUUGAGGUGAGAUGGGUGAUCUAAGUAGUUGACUUGGAUAAAAUUCUUUCCCAAACUAAUUCACCCCAAAAAAGUUAAUUGGUUGGUCUUGAAGAGUUCUAUUUCUAUGUGUGAGGUGUGAAACUGAACAAAUCUCUUUUAUAUAAGUUAAUUUUAAAGUAAAUUUUAAUGUAUUGUAAUUAGGUCAGGAUGCACCUCACCGUGUAAAAUGGAAUGUCUUGUAACAGAACACAUCAAUGUAAAUCUAUGAUUACAUGUCUUUUUUAUACAAAUAAUGGAUUUUUAUCCGGGGGUUUAUUAAUAACAUACUUUUCUAGCAGGGCUAGAUGCGUUUUUCCAGCCUUAUGACAUGACGCGCAUGUCCCACAUACGAGACUUAAUUUCACAUGAUUUUCCAGUGAAAUUGUGCGUGGGGUUCUACAGGUCAUAUGAUAAAUCAGGUUAAAUACUCUUAAAAAUCAAGUCUGUGAGCAGACUUUCCUCUCCUUCCGUCUUUCUUGAAGUGAGAAAAUCGAGGCAAAGCUAGUGUUAGGUAAGUAAUAAAACUACAAGCCGUAACAAUUAUUGUUUUGCAUUAUAAAAAUAAUUUAUUAUGAAUCAAGUUGUGUGCAUACUAAUCUGAGGAAAAAACGAACCACUGCUUACA